AUGUCUUUUACGAGUAUGAACGAAUAUCUCAGACGGAUUUUCAGAUCUAGAAUGCUCCAGCUCCUGCGAUCUACGUUGCAGCGCCUGUUUUCUCCUCGUUUUCUAUCUACCUCGAGCACGUCUAGCCUUAUGGAGACGAAAACGAAGAAAUUACAAGAGACUUCGGUUCUCUUAUGCGAUCCACAGAGCAUCACGUUCCAACCCAAUUCGACGACGCCCGAGAUCACGUCGCCGUCGACGCUAGACGCCCUUCAACACGCUUCCGGCAUCCUCCACUCGUCCUCUCUCGUCGUCUUUCCGACAGAAACUGUUUAUGGGCUUGCAGCCAAUGCGCUCUCCGCUACCGCGACAAGUCAAAUCUUUCAAACCAAGGGCCGACCAGCUGACAACCCGUUGAUCGUACACGUCUCAUCAGUCGAGAUGCUCCGAGAUGUGAUCGACCCGUCAUUUGUGAUACCUCAAACCUACGCCAUUCUCAUGCGUGAAUUCUGGCCGGGACCUCUGACACUUCUUUUCCCCGUCAAACCAUUCUCAAAUGAACACGAAGGGAACAAAAGUGGCGUGCCACGCGAAGUUACAGCAGGACAUUCGACGGUCGCGGUACGAAUGCCAAGCCACCCAGUCGCGCGAGCGUUGAUCGCACUCAGUGGUCUCCCACUGGCGGCUCCGAGUGCCAAUACGAGUGGGAGGCCGAGUCCCACGCGGGCAGAGCACGUGGUGGACGACUUGGCGGGCAAGGUGCCGCUCAUCCUCGACGGUGGGCCAUGCGACGUGGGCGUAGAGAGCACUGUCGUGGAUGGAUUAUCAGGAAACGAAGGCGAAAUUCGUAUCCUGCGACCGGGAGGUGUGACUGCUGAGCAAAUGCAGCGCGUCUUGGGCACAGGGGUACGCGUGCUUGUACACCGACGGGACUAUCGAGAUGAACAAUUGGAGCACCAACCUACGACGCCAGGGAUGAAGUAUCGACACUACAGUCCGACGUGUCCGGUCUACCUGCUUCUCGCGACGCCGUCGGAGGAAGCAAUUUCGCUGGACCAAUUAUUGCAAAACGUCGCGCAGGACGUAAAGGCGGUGAAGACGUUGGAAUUAGGUCUGCUCUCGCUUACGGGCUCGAAGCUGACGGACGCACUGGUGAAACAGAACGCGACGCUGGCAAACAAUGUCCAGAUAGAGUGGCGUGUGCGAGCAUUGGGACGUGUCGGAGAUGAUGCUGGUGUGGAGCAGGACCUGUCGGAGCCUGCUCGGAGAUUGUUUGACGGCCUCAUCUCGUUGGACAAGUUGGGUGUUGCAGCCAUUCUGGUCGAAGGCGUCGAAGAGGAGCGAGAGGGGCUUGCGGUGAUGAAUCGGGUGCGCAAGGCGGCAGGGCAGACGGUGUCUGUGCGGAUAUAG